AUCGAAGCAAUUUUCGCAAUUUCGAGUGCAUCAAGAAGAUUUAGGAAAGGCUCAAAUGGUCAUUGCACAGUCGUUAUACCGACUCUAUUUCCCUUAAAAUUCUUUCCCUUUUGUUCUUCUAGCCUCGUAUUUGAAUGGCUUACUGACCCCGUUGAUUUAUGGUAGAAAUUUACCAUCACAAUCACGAGAUUGCAUGCAUUUCUUCAUCUCUCAUUACGAUGUUCUGGGACUGGUAGCUUCACCUGGCUGACGGGAGGUUAAAGGAGAAUGGCCGAGAAAGGGGUAGAUGAUGAUCUGUUUGAAGUGUCAGAGGAAGCACUUCUCAGCACAGACUAUGAUGAAGAUGCUGACUUUGAGGCAGGCGAAGAUGAGCCGGAUCCGGAUGAAUUGGACGAAUUAGCAGAGGAUGCUGACAUACCUAUUGAGCUACUGCUUGCCCGGUACGGUUAUGGGGCGGCUGCUGCUGAAGACAAAAGGACUGCUGAUAGCGAUGACAUAGCUGCUACUGUUGCAACCAAUGCUGCAACUGCUAACUGUGGCGAUGAUGCCAGUCCAAUCGUGCCAACAGACAUUGCUGCAUCUGCCACUAUUGAAUCAGAAGGAACUUCGGACCCGUUAUGGAGUGCCCCUGAAGAAAGUACAAAACCUAGCACGCUGAUGCAGCUAGUCAAUGCUGCUCCUGACAUGUCGGAAGAUGGCGAAGAAAGCGAUGAAGAGGAUGAAGACGAAGACUAUAUGCCCCAGCCUCCAUCGCCUACAUUGGACUGGAGAAAGGAAAUUCGGCAAGGUGAUGACUACCAGGCAUCCAUUCCAAACCUGGAGAUUGACAUGGAACAGAUGUCGGUAGAUUCAGCGUCAGCUGAACCUCCACUCUGGAAGCCUGAUGAGCUUUCUGAAUCUGAAGUGCAAAAGUACUUGAGAUCAGCGCUUAGUCGUGACAUGCAGGAAGUGGCUGGUUCACGGAGUCAAGCAUAUUAUGCCUAUGCGCCUGACAAUGAAACUGCAUUGGAACACUUAGUGUCAUGCGGCUUCAAUACAAAGCUGGCACUGUCUAGUUUACCGAACCAGGAGGGCGUUGUGACUUGGUCCGAGGAAGAGUGUUCUAAUUUUGAGCAAGGGCUUAGCCAGUAUGGAAAGAACUUCUUCCUGAUUCAACGUGAAAAGGUUCCCCAUCGCUCUGUUUCUGAGCUAAUCCAGUUCUUCUACAUCUGGAAGAAAACAGAGCGGUACAUCUAUUUCAGACGGACAAACCCUGCACGGGUAUUCAGUGGCCGUAGAGACGUGUACCCUCUGCCCACCGAGCAAUCAAGCUCAUCCUCGCUCACUGACCCUAUGCCUAGCACCAAGUCAAGCUCUGCCAGCUUGGCUUCUAGUACUAGUAGUGAAGAACAGACCGGUACGGCGGUGAAAACGAAAAAGGUGUACUCAGCCAGUAGGUCGCCAGUGGCCACAAACCCGACAUGUGGUGUGUUGGUUUCUGCUUCAACGGCCAGCAGCGACGCUAGCUCUGCGUCACGGAGUGUGUCCGCUGCUUCAUUAUCAUCAUCCGCUUCUGCAAAUAUACCUGUGGAACCAGCUGCCAAACGACCAUACAUACCAUCCUAAUUAAUGGUGCUGGACUCACCGUGUGUCUGUGUAUCCCGUCCGUCCUGCUCUCUUGUCAUCCGGCAUAGUAAUGUAGCCAUCAUCGCCAUCAUGUUGAUAGCUUGGGCUGCACUGGUACCCCAGCCAUAGUUCCCCUUUCAUCCCUCCGCGUUGGCUUUCUCACGUCAAAGCUGCCCCCUCCCUUUCUAGAUGUUUCUCAUAAUUGGAAUUAGUACUCCACGCUGGCAUGGAGAGUCACUCAGUGUAUAUGCACGUUGCAUGCCUGAAUUGUGUGACAGCCGCAGUAAUGCGGUAUAGACCUAUGAUGUGCGUCUGCUUUUAGACGAUGUCGCUCACUUUAACUCUUUUUUUCUUCCCUUGCUCCUUAGCCAGGUAUUGUGCGCUUACCCAUAACAGUGUGUGUAUGAUUGUGGUUGUUCAUCUUUCUAACCGGUGGUGGGUUCCUGAACACCUUGACUGUACAAUGCAUGUGUUUCUUCUUCUUUUUUUUCUGCCGCUGUUGCUGCUAUUUCUGCCGCUGUUGCUGCUAUUUUUGCCACCCAGUGUACGCUGUGUGCUCUCUUGAUUUGGUGCAGAUCACACUCACUAUUUGCAUGCAUUCCGGCUUGUUCUCAAAUUUCACGAAACGUGCUGUGCAUUUAACUUAACCUCCGCAGAAAGAGGCUUGGCCAUAAAACUGUUUAUGCUGCACGUUAAUGUAGUAUUCAGAGCCAAGACUUCUGUGCUUGGAAUAGAUCGUGUUUGCCUUUUUUUUCUUCAUGCAUCAUGUGUCUCCUAUGACCGGGUGAAAUACUGACUACUAUUGCUAGAACUUACACAUCUGCGGCACCUGAAUGAAUAGUAUAGUAGUACACCUGUGUCUUGCUCGUUAGUCCUACACAAGAACCAUGCCGCUGGCCACGUCCUCGCUAUCUCUCUUUCCUUCUGGCUGUAUGCUAUUUUCAUCAAACCUUAUUGUGUGUGGGUGUGUGUGUGUGUGUGUGUGAAGUAUGUGCGGCAGAAGCCAUAACAUGGCAUGAUAGGCUGAUUGCUACUCUAGACGAUGGCCUUGAAAUAUUGACUACAACUAACGUUACUUGCCAGUGUGUUGCCAGUGUUUCAUGUCACCUGCCGGUUCUGCACAUGCAAGAUGCAGUUUGUGUGAUUCCUUUC